AUGUUCAAGAAUGAAAGAUUGAGGAAGGAGGUGUAUUCUCCUCUGCUCUCUAUCCUUCAAUGCAUAAAUUUACUACGAGAAAACGGAAAAAACAUUGGUAUUCAUCAUGCUUUAGUUCAAAGGCUUUAUUCAUUUUCAUACGACGAUAUCGAGUUUUUUAUUCCCCAGCUUAUUCAGCUUCUAGUCAUGUUUGAGACCGAUUCAAUGGCAUUAGAAGAGUUUUUGUUGAGAUAUUGCGAAAACUACCAUCACUUUAGCUUAAUUGUCUUUUGGUGUUUACAAGCAUUUCUUUUUGAGCUUCGAAACGAGCCGGCUUCCUAUGCAUUUCAAACUGUUCGCAACUUCAUCAAUAAGUUGCAGAAUAUCCUUUUUAAUGUGGAGAAUCCAAGUUUAAAACGCACAGAAUUUCGAGAGAAUUUAGACCCAGCAUUGGUACUUAGUGGUGCAUUGUUGUCAUCCUUCGCAUUACCACUUGUGCAUGAUUACGUUACUCCUAUAAUAAAAUCACAAGCAAAGCAACCAAGAUCCUUUGUAUUCAAUGUGGCCAAUUUUCAGAAGAUUUUGACGAAAAAUUUAACCUUAAAGAAUCAAAAAUUAGCAGCAGACAAACCCUUGGAUAAUACGGGCGAUGAUAAAUUAAUUCACGAGAAUGAGCACAAGACAAUUGAAACCACAAAAAAUAAUAGGAAGACAGCCCUGUCAUUUCUGCCGGAUGACUCAGAAACCAAUACUACUGAUGAUGAAGAUUCUAAAUUGUCUAUCAAGCAAGGAUACUCGAAAGAAGCUGCAUUUUCAAGCGUUGGCCAAUCUUUGAAAAUUAACACCACCAUUAAACGUAAGAAAAGUCGCCUGAGAACACUCGGGUCAUUGAGAGAUGACAUGAAUCGGAGUGCACAAUCGUUGCCCGAUCUCACAAAGUCACAUUCAAGGCCAGAUCUUUUAGCAUCUGAAUCUGAAAUGGCUCUUUCCAUCAGCAGAUACUCGACAGAUACAGGUACGAAAAGAAUGAGUUCACAAAACAUGUCAUCGAAAUCCAAGCUGUACCAAGAACUUCUCAAAAUAUUAAGGGUAAAUUAUUCCAAAAAAGAAACAGAAUUUAUCAUGUCACUUCAAGAUAUAUCUAUGAGGUUGUCGCUGGUACCAAAGGCAGCUAGAGUUUCUGCAUUGAGAGCUGAAUUAGCGAUUAUAAAUGAGUCCCUUUUACCUUCAGAAAUUGAUAUUCCGCAAUUAUUGCCAAUAACUAGCAAUAAGAACAAGAAGUUUCACAAGAUUUUGAAAUUAAGUAUCAACGAAGCCUGUGUGCUAAAUUCCGCAGAGCGAGUACCAUAUUUGCUACUUGUUGAAUAUUUGAGUGACGAGUUAGACUUCAAUCCAUUUACUGAAUACAAUCAAAAACUAAUAAAUAGAAAGUUACAAGAGUCGGAGUCCAAGCGAAGCUAUGAGUCUAACAACAAUGACACCGAAUCACUCGCGUCAGAUGUGAGGAGUAUUCCAACUCAGGAAGGAAUAGACGGCCUUGGAAGUAUUGAAACUGACUUGGGAGAGUUAUCUAUUUUAGGAUCUCGUAGAGAAAGUCGAGAAUGGGCAACUUCAAGAUUAGAUGUUACAUCACCACGAUUAUCACAAGAUGGAGCUAAGAGUCCCCAACUAGGAAUCUCUAGUAUUCCAAACGUGGCUGACUCGCUGCUUCGUGCUGAUCAAAUGCGCAUUGCAUCAGUGAUGCUUCAACAAUUGGAGAAUUCAGGACAAGCUAAUACGCAACAGUUCAUUGCUAUUAAAACAAGAAUCAUUGAUUCAAUGAUCUCAUUGCAAGAUCAGUUUGAAAAAAUUGAUUACGAAACUAUGAAGGAAUUAAAGACAGAUGAGCAAGAUGCGGGUCAACGUAAGCUUGAGAAUGAUUUUAAAAUCAGUGAGGAUUGGAAUUCCAAAAAACAAAGAAUACGAAAGACUAGUGCCUACGGCCAUUUGAAGAAUUGGGAUCUAUGCUCUGUGAUUGUGAAGAAUGGUGACGAUUUACCACAGGAAGCGUUCGCAUGUCAAUUGAUCACCAUGAUUUCAAACAUAUGGAAAAAACACGACGUAUACUUUUGGACCAAAAGAAUGAAAAUACUCAUUACCAGUGCCAACGCAGGAUUAGUUGAAACUAUUACCAAUGCAAUGUCAAUACAUUCGAUCAAGAAAUCGCUCACGGAACUUUCCAUAGCAAGCGGCUCCAACACAAAGGGGAGAAUCUUCACGUUGAAGGAUUACUUUGAAAAGCUUUAUGGAAACGAAAACUCUCGCAAAUACAAGCUGGCCCAAGAAAAUUUUGCAAAGAGUUUGGCUUCGUACUCAAUAAUAUGUUACGUUUUACAAGUCAAAGAUCGACACAACGGGAAUAUCAUGCUUGAUAAUGAAGGCCAUAUCAUCCACAUUGAUUUUGGUUUUUUGCUAGGUAACUCUCCUGGCUCGAAUAUUGGUUUUGAAGCUGCUCCAUUCAAGUUGACCACUGAAUAUGUUGAUUUACUCGGAGGUACAGAAUCAAAAUUUUAUCAAUUAUUUGUUCAAGUAUGUAAGGACUGUUUUAAAGUUUUGAGAAAAGAAUCGGAUCAAAUUGUGAGCAUAGUUCAAUUAAUGCAAAAAGAUUCAAGCCUUCCAUGUUUCAACAACGGAGAAAACACUAGUGUUAUGUUAGAGCAGAGGCUUCAAUUGCUGUUACCAGACGAAUCGAUUGAUCAGUUUGUUGAAGCAUCAUUAGUGGGCAAGAGCUUGAACAGCAUGUAUACUAGAUUGUACGACCAGUUCCAAAUGAUUACUCAAGGUAUUUACAAUUGA